CUUAAUUUGCUGCUCUCUUAAUAUGCAUUUUGGCUCAUGCACACAUACUUGAAUGAUAUUGUUGAUGAAAUUCAUCUGUAUUGAUGUCUGAUAAAUAACUUUUUCAUGAAAGUGUUUCACGUUGAAUUUGUUUUCAUGUUUGGCUACAUUGACCUUAGUUAUUAUUAUUAUAUUCAUAAUCUAAUCUUGUAAUGGCUUCAUAUAAUACUUGUUCUGGUGCAAUCUCCCGCACAUAAAUCUGAAUGUUCUUUGCAUAUUAUGCUCAGUUGGACAGUGUUGAGGGUCAUUUUUCAAAUUUUAUUUAUUUAUUUUGUUGGUUUGUUGAUGUUAAUCAGUAUUGCCCCAAUUUUUGUUUGAUUACCUGGGUGGCGCAAAGAAGGUUGUCAUUUCUGCUCCGAGUAAGGAUGCUCCAAUAUUUGUUAUGGGUGUCAAUGAGAAGGAAUACAAAUCAGAUAUUGAUAUUGUUUCCAAUGCUAGUUGCACUACCAACUGUCUUGCUCCAUUGGCGAAUGUUGCUUUGUACUUGGUUUCAGUUUAUAUCAUAACAAAGGACUGGAAUGCCUAUCUUACGUUUCUUGCAUAUAAAUUGCUACAGGUUAUUAAUGACAAAUUUGGCAUUGUCAAAGGCCUUAUGACCACAGUGCAUUCAAUUACUCGUGCGACAACACAAAAGACUGUUGAUGGUCCAUCAAUGAAGGACUUGAGAGGUGAAAGAGCUGCCUCUUUUAACAUUAUCCCUAGCAGUACUGGAGCUGCCAAGGUCAUAUCAGCAUCGUUGGAGAAAGGAGUUUGGGAAGGCAGGAUGUUGUUACAUGAUUGGCUUGUAAUCCUCACAGCUCUGUAUAAUGAUGCUUGUAAAGUUGUUUAGUAUGAGCAUGGAAAUUCAACAACUUCUCACAUUGAUGUCGCAUUCUCGCAAUGCCCACAACUGCAGCCUUUACCUCGCUUAGUUUUUGCUUUGCUUCAUAAUCCACUUCUCCAUUUCCAUGAGGAAGGAGUUCACGCUGACUACCGGAUAUACCUGCAAUGCCUUUUCAGGGCCAGCCUUGUCCUAUAAAGCAUCGAGAAAAUGAUCAUACGGUGUUUAUGCCUUCUAUUGCUGAUCUUGAAGCUCAUAUUGCUGAAUCUUAUAAGAUCGUCUCAGCUUUAUAUGGGCCUUUUAAGAGCAAAGCUACAGAACAGGUCGUGCAAGCUUGCAUCGAUUUGAAGCUUGUGAGCUCUCUGCUAGAUUUUGAAUGCCAUUUCAACGAAGCCAUUGAAAAGAAGAUGCGAUAAGUUGAGUUGUUUUGUUAUAUAGGUAGAUAUAACUCCAAUCACAAUAUGUUCAUUGAAUAGUUGAAUGCUACAAACAAUGCUUAUGGCACUAACCCUAUAAAUUGAAAAUGAUACUUUUGAAAUCUCUAUCAUUUUAUCAUAUGCAAUCAAGAUAUUACAUACUAA